AUGAGCUCAAAUUCUGAAAUAGGGUUUAACUCCUAAAUUUUAAAUGGUGUAAAAAUUCAAUUUUCUCAUAGUGAAGCUUAAAUUUUAAGAGAGCAGGAAGAAGUUAAAAUUUUUAAAAAAAAUAAUCCUCUUAUUCUUUUCUAAGGUUUUAUAAGCAAAAUGGAAUUCAAAUUUGAUGAUCACAUUUUUUAUUACUCUAAAUAAUUGCUGAAUGACCUAUUUUCAAAAUAAAAAAUUCCAUAUGAGAUUAAUGGAAUUUAGAAAAGCAUUAUCGAAAAUGUUAUCUAAAGUGAUUCUAUUCUCUCUCAUUAUGUGAGCAAAAUAAGCAAAAUGAGCAAAAUGAAAUUCUGCCUACGCUCUCUCUUUUACUUUGAGAGAAUUGCUUGA